AUGGGUGGGUUUCCUGCUUUUGGGUGCUUAUAUUCCCGCCACAAUCGAGUUGUGCAAGGAAACCACCCACCCAGCUGGAUUUUAAGUACUCAGAAGUGGUUUUUGCUUAUUCUUUUGGCCCACGUCUAUCAACACGAAGGUGAUUUUGACGGUGCAAGAGACCUUGCUCUAAGAGGAUUUAGAGGGACCAUCACCCAAUUGAAGGUGGUGGCGGUGAUCUUUCUUCAUAAGAAGACGUUAGGAGACUGGAAACCAGCCGACGACUACAGAGGAGAAAGCACAGAUAGAAGAGUAAGAGGAGGAGGCGGUGAAGAAAGAGACGAUGAUGACGACAAUGGAGGCUCGGAACCUCAGAUUGCCGAAGAAAAAGCCCCUGAAGCUCUUCCAAGCUAUGAAACUGUUGCAAGCAAUGUCGAAGCUCUGUGA